UCAGCCUUAAAAAGGACAAUUGACAGAUGCUAUGUGCUACAACAUGAACAAAUCAAGGCAGGUAGAGGACAAGGUUCAUCUCCUGAUCAACAGCAAUUUAUAGUAAGCUUUUUUAGAUUAAAAAUUACUAAUUGUAUUACAUUUUGUAUCUACAAAAAUAACAAGUGAUCAAUGGCACCAAAAUCUUGGUUGGUUGGUUGGUUGGUUUUUAAUGCCAGUACUCGGGCUUGAAUUCAUGGGCCUGGGCACUGUUCCUUAGCCUUUGUGGUCAAGGUUGGUAUUUUACCAGUGGAGGCACCGCUCUACCACUGGCUCUUUGAUGAUUAAUUGGAGGUAAGAAUCUCACAAACUGUUCUGCUUGAGCACACAUCUCCAGGCCUGGGAGCAAGAAUGGCAAGAGGGGUCCAGAAUCCAGAGCAGGGUAGGAGGACUCAAACCUGCAGCAGAGAGCAUGAUCCCCUAGUCUGCAAGCUAGAGGUCAGGAGACUUCCACAGGCCUGAGAGCAAGACUGGCCCAAGCAGGAGACUAGAACCAGGCAGGUACAGGAUGGGAUGAGCAGAUAGGGGGAGGACCAAGCUGACACUGACCCAGAAUGGCCACUUAUGGUUUCAGCUGUGACAUCUCCCUGCCCUGCGGGGGAAGGAACUGGCAUCCCCAUGUCACAGAAGAGCAAAGUAGGCUAUAGGACCAAUCACACAUUACUCAGGCUGAACAAGUGAAAUGAGAACUGGCAUCUGGAAGCCAUUGCUGAGCAGAGAGGAUGUAGCGAAAUCCCAAGUGGGAAGUGUGGGUGGGAAUAAUGGCUGAAGGAACCCAGGUGAGGGGGGAGGGACUCUGCCGAGAGGAAGAACACUGGAGAGCUAGGAGGGCCGAGGGGGAAGGGGGGGCCGGCAGCUGAGGGGACCGGACAGCAGUGGAGGGCAUGGAACAGCUGGGCUUCCUCGGCUGCAAGACCAGUCCUGGCUUUGCUCAGGAGGGCAGCACGGAGCCGCACCCCGGAGGGAGGUGAUCUUGGGCAAAAGUGGGGCUCCAGACCUCCUGCAGGGCACGCCCCAGUCCUGUGAGCUGGGCCAGCUCUUUUCCUCCUCUGAAACAGUUUCCUCAUCUGCUGAGCAGAGUGAAAAGUUCUCCCUUUUGCCUCGCGUACCCGGGUUUGCGAGGCCCGCAUUUGGCAAUGCACCUGUUUUUCUGGCACACCUGGUUGUGCAAGGCUGUGUCUAGCUGAGCAGCGAAAGCGGAAACACCUACAGGACACUCCCCGUGGCUGACACGGGACCCACCCACGGGCGGGAGGCGCCCAGGAUCCCAGGGUCGGACGGGGACCGGUGGUGGCCGCGCCCUGGGCCUCCGUGCCGGGCUCGCUCUGGCUGGCGUCCUCCCCGCCCCGCACCUCCCCAUCCACUGCCCACCCACCGACUUGGCGAGGCCAAGCGAGCAACAGCGCAGCCAUGACGGAUCCCGAGGCCGUGGCUGACGACCUGGACGCGCUCAUCGACGACCUAGACUACCUCCCCGGCCACUUCCACCUGGAGAUGCAGCUGAACUUCGAGCCGUGCGCGCCGGCCUCAUCGCGACCCCGCGAUCUGAAGCUGCAGCGGGAGCGCCUGCGGCAGGAGCUGGAGCUGGCGGCCGCGGGGCAGAGGCCGGCCUUGGGCCACCUGCUGGGCGCGCUCGCCUUCCACCUGGAGGAGCUGGACGAGGCCCGCGAGCGCUUCCUCCAGGUGGCCCGCGAAGACCCCGGCAACCUCAACGCCUGGGCCAACCUGGCACACGUGUACGGGCGUCUGGGCCAGGAGGAGGAGGAGGAGGCGUGCGCCGCGAGGCUGGCGGGCCUCAUGGGCCUGGCAGAAGAGCCCGAGGCCUCCGGGGACCCCCAGCUCCGCGCUGCGCGCUGCCUAGCGGAGCAAGGCUACGCGCACGGCUUCGAUGUGGGCUGUGCCAGCCCAGAAGAGCGCGCACGGGUGCUGGUGGCAGGCAUCGCCCUCUACGACAAGGCGCUCAGCUACGGGAAGCAGAUCCCGCAGGAGGAGAAAAGGGGCUGGUACUUCACCAUGGCAAUGCUCCUCAUCAGGCUGGAUGGCAUCUUCCUGGAGCUGGGCAAUGAGGAUCAGAAGAGGCUGCCUGCCUUCAACCGCACACUGGCCCUGCUGCGACAAGUCCUGAAGUCCUCAGACCCCCUCCACCAAGAGACCUUUCCCACCCUCUCACACCCAGCUCUGGCCUGGUGCUACCUUGGCAUGCUGCUGGAGAGGAAGGACACCUUCUCCACUACCCCGAUGGGCGUCCAUGACUACGGGUACUCAGGGACCGACCCCCUGGACUGCUUUGGCAAGGCCAUUGAGAUUGCCAAGGACCAGCCUCCCAUCCUGAAUCGCCUGGCCAAAAUCUUCCACUUCCUAGGAAAGCAAGAUAUGGCCAUUGGAACCUGCAACAUGGCCCUGGAUGUCCUUCCAGACCCAGAACUCAACUGGCAGGCAUACUGCACCAGGGCCAAGAUCCACAUCAGAACCUACCUACACGACCUGGAGCGGGCCAAGAUGGGGCUAGGGGGCAUACCUGACAGGAACCAUCUGGCCUGUGCCAAGUCUGACCUGGAGGAAGUGGUCAAGGUGUGCCCAGAUCUCAGGACGUACCUGGACAUCAGUCAGGUCUACUACUACAUGGGCGUGGACGCUGUGAAGGAGCUGCUGGCGGUGGACGAGGCGGCGCUCAACCAGGCCCUGGUCUUCCUGGCCAAGGCCGGCGAGUCGGAGCUGGGCGCCACGCUGCCCGAGCUGCAGCUGCUGCGGGGCAAGUGCCUGCGAAUCCAGGGAGAGGAGGCCAACGCUGCCGCUUGUUUCAAGCGCGCCGUGGAGCUGGACGACGCGGGCUCCGGCCACACGGAGGGCUUCGGCUGCCUGCUGGAGACGCUGCUGGCGCAGUGGAGCCAGGCGCAGCUGAGCGACGGCGAGCUGGGCUGCGAGGUGGACGUCUGGCUGCGCCGCGCCCAGGGCAAGUACCCCGCGGCACGCCUGCGCCAAGAGCUGCAGCGCGUGUGGCGCGGCCACACCGAGGAGGUGCUGGGACUGGCUCGGGCCUUGGUGGUUCAGGGACGGCCGGCGCUGGUGCGGCUGCUGUUCGAGACCAUGGAACUGGAGGGUGAGAGCGCCGCAACGCCACGUGGCCGUCGGGCCUUCUCCUUCUGAGCUGGAGCGGGAGACCUGAUGGGAGGCCCCGGCGAGGCCCCGCCCCGAUGAGGCCCCGCCCCUGACGAGGCCCCGCCCCCGACGAGGCCCCUUAGCCACAGCUGAUUGGAUGGAGUCUGGGAGCCAAAGAAUGGCCCCACCCUCCCGUGUGGGCAAGGACAGCUCAAUUCUUUUAGGAACUUGUGGAUGGGCUUCAAGACGUGUUUGAGACCAGCAGAGACUGGGAGACUGUCAAUUGAGGGACAUGCAGAAGAAACAAGAUGGCUCACGCCCUCUAGAAAAAAGGAGAAGUUGCCUCAAUUAUGGUGAUUUUCUAAGUCCUGGUACUGGAGACCCUUAUGCUUGAAUAGCUAGCUGCCUUUAGAUUCGAUCUACAGGGUCCUUUAUAAUAAAGCCUCAUAAAUA